CGAGGUCCUGUCUAACAAAACACUCCAGAGAAAGUCCCCGCAAAUCAAGGGCACAACUCCAAAUCUCCGAAAUCUUGAACCAUGAAGAGAAUAUCUUGCAGUGUAUUAAUAGUUCUUCUAAUUCAGCAAAUUUGUGCAGCGACACACAAGAAAUAUGCAAAAGGUCGCACGCUGUUACCUAGAGGUAUCUCCAACAACAAUGGUCGCAUUGAGUAUGAGAUGACAAUCGUAGAGCGAGUGAAUCGCCUCGGAAAACGCCAUCCGCUUAACAAACAUUUUGUUAGAUACGAACACAACGGAUGGGGGAUGGCCACAGUUUAUUAUAGACUUGCUGCGUUUGGUCAAACUUUUCGAUUCCGAUUGGAGCGCGACGCGAGCUUUAUAUCGCCUGCACUUAAUGUAGAGCAUAUUUACAGUGAUCUUAGGAGACUUCCAUUCUCUGGGAAUUUGCAGCACUGUUUUUAUCGUGGGGAAAUCCAGGGAGAGCCAAAUUCUACUGCCGUGUUUAAUUUGUGCAACGGAGUUCAUGGUUCGUUCGUCUCGAGUGGCCAACGCUAUUUAGUCGAACCUGCUGAAGAACGGAACUCAAAAAUACACGCGCAUCUCAGGAAAUUCCAUAUCGUAUUUCGUCAUUCUGCUCUUGGAGACGAUGUUAGCAAUGCUCCGUCGACGUGUGGACUUGUGGACACCAACAAACCUCUCCCGCAUUUACGUGGGCAGCCACAACGCCCCAUCAAUGAAAGCUAUACGAGGAAAAGACAUAAAAGAAGCCUCGGUGAGAGCUUCGUCGAAACAUUAGUGGUUGCUGAUAAAACUAUGGUUGACGCUUUUGAUAGCAAAGCCGAUUUGGAAAGCUACAUUAUUACUCUGAUGGGUGUGGUUGCUCAAAUUUAUCGCGACAGAAGUAUUGGCUGCGCUAUAAACAUUGUUGUAGUGAAAAUAGCCUACCUGGACACCAAGAACCCUGGUUUCCAUAUUUCGUUAGACGCAAGGCGAACUCUGAAAAGUUUCUGCCGCUGGCAGAAGAAACAUAUGAUGUCAGAAGAGAGUCAGUCUGACCGCCACGAUACCGCCAUCUUGUUAACGAGGAGAGAUAUCUGCAUAUCGCCCGGAAAGUGUGACACAUUAGGUUUAUCAGAGCUUGGAACCAUAUGCCAAGCACCAAGGAGUUGCUCCUUGGCAGAGGACAAUGGACUAAGCACAGCUUAUACAAUAGCACACGAACUGGGUCACCUAUUCAGUCUUCCUCAUGAUGGAGAUAACAACCUAUGCACACGGAGCAGUGGAGAUCAACAUCUGAUGGCCCCUUCAUUAAGCUUUGACACCAAACUGUGGUCUUGGUCAAGCUGCAGCCGAGAAAAGAUCACAAGGUUCUUAGAAUUAGGGUAUGGAUCUUGCCUAGAAAAUAAGCCUAAUGUAAAAAAUCAGUCGAAGUAUCAUGGCACUCUGCCAGGAGAAAUGUACAGCGUGGACAAACAAUGCCAAUUGAUAUUUGGAGAGGAAUCCAGGGUUUUUCCAUAUAAGGAACCUUGCAGACGCCUGUGGUGCGUCAAGAUGAUUGGGAAAAGAAAAGGCUGCUCCACUCAUCACAUGCCAUGGGCAGAUGGAACGCCGUGCGCAAAAAGGAAGUGGUGCAUCAAAGGUCAGUGUGUGAUGAAACGAAAAUUGAAACCAGUAGACGGUGGCUGGGGACCAUGGGGUUCCUUCAAUGAAUGCACAAGAAAAUGUGGAGGAGGGGUUUCCUUCGCAUACAGAAAGUGUAACAAACCAAUCCCAGAAAAUGGAGGUAAAUACUGCGUUGGAAAACGAAAACGUUUUGUGUCAUGCAAUACUCAGGAAUGUCCACCAGGGUCACCGGAUUUCCGAGCCUUGCAAUGUGCGAAUACGCAUGGGCGACGUCUGAGUAUUGGGUCGAGGAGUUUCAGACCGACUCAGUGGCUGCCAAAAUAUGCUGGAAUUCGCAAAGAAAAUCAAUGCAAGCUGUACUGCCGCAUGGCUGGCACUGCAAUUUAUUUCAAACUGAAGGACAAAGUUAUUGAUGGGACCCCUUGUAAUCAAGAGACCACAGACAUCUGCGUGGAUGGCAAAUGUUUGAUAAACUUCCCAAAAGGCAGCAGAACACGAGGAGGAACAAGCCAUUUAAAAUGAUACGCAGCCUGCUAAUGGAGGAAGCUGCAUUGAAAGAGGCCAUCGAACAGAAUUUCGCCAGCAGGCGAUUAACUUGUAGUGCAUGUUCUGGAUGGUUUUUGUGUCAAUCAGCCCCUUAACAAAUGAAACGUCCGUAACAUUCUCAUUAUACUCUUUUAUACUCAGCUGGUGAUCAUUUAGAGGUAGGAAUAUCUUGGAGGAAAAAAAGUGUAUUUGCUUUUUUGCAUCUUAAAUUUUUUCUGGUGACCAAAAUGUACCAUAUGACGAUUAGAAAAAACAUUUUUUUUAAAGCAGCCAUGGUACUCGCGAUUUCGGACCUUGUUUUACAGUAUUGGAGCAAAAAGUGCAAGGUAGACUGAAAUGUCUUUUUUGACAAAUGUUAUAUAUCUGAAGCGACAACGUCUUUCAUUCAAAGCUAGCGAUGUAUAUACCUGUAGUGACGCAGAUUUGUCCAAAGCUCGAUGAGCUUGAUGUUUCCUUGACUGAAGAUGGUCGAACAUUCUGGUCUCGAACAAUAAACAGCU